GAGGGCCGCGUCGCCUCCGCCAGACGCUAGUGCAACGCCGACCGUGUCACAGUUUAGAUCGCACCGGUGAUACGGUACCGCCACCAACGAUUACUAUUCUGAGGCUAGUAGCGGGUGGGUGAGACGAGGAGUGCGUGCGCGUCUGCCGCCGGUACUUUUUUUGUAAUAUUAGAUAAUAUUUUGGAACGCGAAAAAAAAAUUGGAAAGUUCAUUUUUUUCUUCUGGAUUUGGUAAUAAAGUGGAAGUGUUUUAUUUGUGUCACGUUUGAGGGAGUUGUUUUAAUUUUACUUGGAGUACUCGCCUUAUAAAGAACAGGAAUAAGCAUCAUCACUGACCUCCAAUCACAUCCAGGAGAAACUAAAGAACGACCACACACCAUCAUCCCCCAUCCUAGCCACCGACAACGAUGUGACUUCAGCCACCAACGACCAUCGACCAAUCAUCUCCCAUUCCCCAAAACGAUGGUGGCGCCACAAGCGCGACCUUCCCCCACAAUGACCACCAGUUACUUGGACAAGGCCAAAUUGGUACUGCCCUCCCCCACCCAGUAACACGUCUCUCCUCCGACGAUGGUUACUCCAGAAAAAUGCUUAUGGUUUUCGUUAUUCCUCCUGCUAUCCUGGAUCGCCAUCGCCUGUUUCGGCUUCCCCAUCGAUGAAGACACUAUGGUACUACCCCCCAGACACUACCAAGGCGAAAUAGACGCUCUGGUGUUCGAGGAAUUCCCCAAAAGAACUGUAACGCGACUCCAUCGGGCGGCUAGAGUCAAAAAUUCGCGUUCUCGGUCAAAAUGCGUGCAGGAACACGUUUCCUGGAAGGCGUUCAACGCUCCAAUCGUGCUCAGAGCGAAGGCGCAGAGUUUUCAAGGGACUAGAAGCAAAAAGAAGUCGUACAAAGUGCAGUUCACGGUGAAGGAGGUCUACAAAAACGCGUCGUACCCUAUUCACGACAUCGUGAUGGUGAAGUUCGCGAAUUUGACGGGGGACUGUAGGAAGGAUAAUAAAAAGCGGGGGAAGCUAGUCAAGGCGAACAUUAGAGUGCACGGGGAGUACUUUCUGUUCCUGAAUUUCGCCGGGGACAGGAAACUGAUGGCGGUUAGUCAGCCGGAGAGUGCGGAAGGUAGAAACGUGAAAGGGAUUAGGAGAGUCAUUCAGAAAGUGUGCGCUACCAAUUUUGAACCAAAGCCUCUUAGUAUAGAAAAAUUAGAAAUAAAAUCCCCCCGAAAGAAUUCAACGAGACGAGAGAGAAUCAAGCUGGCCUGCAGGGUGAGGGGCCUCCCCAUCCAUCGGAUCUCGUGGAGGAGGAAUGACAGUUACGUCAGCAAUAGUACGACUGUUCGAAUCAAAUAUUUAAAUACUGACGAGAGGACUUCGAGCGUGCUGACGAUCAGGAGCCCGAAGCGCAGCGACUACGGCAGCUACGAGUGCGUCGCGCAGUCGCUGAACGGCACCACCGUCUCUAGAAGGGUGGACGUGCUCAGGGAAGCCGCGCAGCAGGAGGCGCAGGCGCCCGCGCGGAUCUACCCGCCGCAGAUCAGUUCGCGCAAGUGUCCCGACGAGCAGGCCAACUUUUGCAUGAACGGCGGCAAGUGCUACGUGGAACCCGACGGCUACAUGUUAUAUUGCAAGUGUCCAGUGGGAUUCCAGGGGUGGCGGUGUGAUAUGAAGGACGUCCGACCCGAUACCAAUUGAUAUUAAGAAGAUAUAUAAUUAUUUCAAGCUCUUACGACGGAACAAAAUUACAACUUGCAAUGUCUUGGACACACCUAUAGAAGACAUAUAUGGAAACAUAUAUAUUUUAUGAAAAACGAAACUAUACCAAAGAUAAGCUGCUUGCAUUAGGACUUAGCAUUGAUGUAAAUACUCAUUAUAUAUUAUUUAUUGACUAAAUUAACAAAGAGAAAGUUAUUGUAACUUAUUGUAACAUGAAGGAGGGGGCAUUUUAAUAGGAAUUUAUGCUAAAAAUAUUUUGUAUUGUUAAGAUACUCGCAGAAUGUGAUAACGACGACCAGCUAGAUAUAUGAAUGAAUUAGUUUAGUCUGUGAAUCUCUAAGCUGAUUGUCGUAUUUACCUUAUAAGUUAUAUAGAUGAUUAGAAAACGUUCGCUUUUAUCUACUUACUACAUUGUUAUUUGUAAUAGGAACAUUGUUAAUUGUUAUAAUAAUCGUUGCUACAUAUGUCUGUGCGCCGAUAUCACUUUGAAGAUGUAUAUUUCCAGAUUUGUAGAGAUGCCAGAAUUUAAAUUCAAGAAAAAAAUGUAAACAAAAAAAGUUGGGUUAGAAUUACAAAUGACGUUUUCUUCUCUUCAGAAUUUUGAUCCUAAGAUAACAGAGUUUAUUAAACUCGGGCUGCACAGAACACAAAAUAUUAAAAGAAGAAAAUGAUUACUUAACCUGACUUUUUAAAUUUAUUUAAAUUUUUGAAGAAAAAAAAAAUUGUUAAAUAUUUCAUAAAGAAUCAUAUUUGAGAGCUAUCAGUUGGAUAAUUCCCAUAUAUAUGAAAAAAAUCAUAGAAGGAUUUAGUUGAAUUAGUGAGACAAGACAAAUUUUGAAAAAAAAUGUUCAUGUGGUUUUUCUAAUUCGAAAUGUUAGGACAAUCAGUAUUAAAUGAUUAAAAAUAUGCAGCUUCGAGUGAAUUAAAUAUUUACAAGAAAAGGAUAUGCCAGUAUUAUUAGUCCAUUAAACUAUACUUAAAGAAAAUACUUUGAUGUUAAAAUAUAGACUUUUUAGAUUUAUAAUUACUUUUUUUUUAUUCCAGUGCUGAGUUAAUAUCUGGUUUAUUCUUCAAGUUAUUUCAAUUUGAUUUCAAUUAUAAAAUUGUAGGUGCUAUAAAUCUUGAAUUCCCUUUUUUGGUGCUAUGAAAAUAUAGAUAUUUUGAAUAUUUUUUGAUUUUUUGUCUUUCUGUUAUAGAAAUAUAUGACUGUAAAUCUUGCCAGUAUUUUGAAAAUCACUGUAUCAUGUAAGAAAAUUAUUUAUAGAAAAAUGAAUAAAAGUUGGCAUUUAAUAGUCUGCUGAUGAUGCUAACAUGGUUAGCGAAACGCGCAUCCAGUGCAAAAGUAAGUGUUUUGGUGUAGUGUGGCGAAUUAGUGUUUUAUUUUGCUGUUGUAACACCAAAAAAAAAGUUCCAACCCCCAACUCUAAUAACAAUACAUAUACAAGUAUGUUUUUUAUAUCUAAAUUACUAAUUUGUCUGUGAUUAUUACUCAAAUCCUAAUUAAAUAAAAUUGUUAGCAAGUUUUUAUAACAACAUUCAACAUAGAGACUUUUUAUCAACCAAUUUGUUUACUUGGUGCCACAGUAAAUGCAACUUUUAUUGAUUACCUUUUAAAACAAAAUCUGUUAUGAACUAUAACACAAAUGCUUCGCAACUAUUACUGAAAUAUAAAAAUAUAGAAAUCAUCAAAAUUUA